CUUUCACCAACGGCCUCCCCACCAUUUUCGGUGACGUGCCUUCCUCCCUAUACAAGCCCAAUCCAACAGGAUCUGCUCUGCGCAGUUUUCUCUAUCCUUUUCAAUACCCACCAUGGUUUCCGUCACAGAAUCUUCACCCCUCCUUCCCCAACAUCAACCGCCUUCCUCCACCAAUACGUCACCGCGAGGAAACCGAGCCUCCAGGACGGUGACAUUCAAUCCAUUGACCACUGUCAGCACAUAUCACGAUACGACCGCCACAGAUCCGACCUUCAGACCGCUGCAUUCUGGUUCUUAUCCUGCUCCCAACUCCCAAACCGCUGGCCAGCCCCGAUCGACUGGCUUGUCGGCUCUAAACAGCAAGCUCCGCCGCCGCAACAGCCAUGGAGCACCCUUCAGCACCGCCGGUGCCCCAUUUGCUACAGCCUCCAAGGUCGGACCACAGAGAACGACAAAAAACGCGCAGAAGUUGAAACUCUUGCCUGAUCCGGUCACUGAAGAAGAGCUGGGCGACGGCGACUUUCCCUCCGACGUCUACUCGCAGAUCGCCCGCAUCAAGGAACCGACCGCCCGCAGUCAUGCUGCAAGUCUAGGAAAGGCGGAUCGAGAGCGAUUGCCCCGCGUCACAGCCUAUUGUACUGCCAAUUCGUAUCGUCUGGAAGGCGUGGUUCGGUUUCUCAAGUCUCGCGCAAAGACCCGCGGAGCCAAUCCGAAGCUCUACGAUGAGUGCGUCUACUCUUCAUAUGAUUACGACUAUGAAGCAAAGCAACGAGGCACGUGGAACCCACUGAACAAUGGCGUGCAUUCAACGCAACCACAACCGCCGAUACGUCCUUCUGCAGAACGCCGGUUCUCUGACAGUGUUGUCGAAGUACAAGACAACACAAACACUCGACGUGAAGACCUCAUUGAUUUGAGAGACUCGGAAUCUCACCACCAACAGAAUGACCACGAAAGCGCUGUGGUUGAAUCCACCACAUCCGCACCCCCGACAGAAGUUGCUCCUGACUUUGACACCAAUAUCCACACCCCGGAGGUGUUCCUCUUCGACUACGGCACAGUCGUCAUAUGGGGCAUGUCCCCCGCGCACGAAUCACGAUUCUUGUCUGAUAUCUCCAAAUUUGCGACCUCCAUCCUCAGCCCCGAAGACACGCAAGUUGAGAACUUCAAUUUCUAUUAUGCUCGCGAAUAUCAAGCCCGCAUAUACAACGAUUUUAUCUCCCUCCGUGACCCACGAAACUACAUGAUCAAGCUCGCCAUUUCCCACGCCCUCGCCCAGUCCGUUAAGACGUCCCUCUUUGAAGACCUCGUCUCCGAGACAAUCUCAAACACCGCACCGCUUCCGGCUCAGAUUGCUCAGACAGGCAGCGUUAAUCUUACACGUCGCCAGAUCAACAUGCAGGUCGGAGAACUGUUCAUUCUGCGAAUCAACAUUCAUCUUCAAGGCUCCGUCCUUGACAGUCCGGAACUGAUGUGGGCAGAGCCCCAACUGGAGCCUGUUUACCAGGCCGUGCGGAGUUAUCUUGAGAUGGACCAGCGAGUUGGUCUUUUAACGGAGCGAUUAGACGUCAUCGCGGAUCUGCUUGCCGUGUUGAAGGAUCAAUUAACUCACCGUCAUGGUGAGUAUCUUGAGUGGAUCGUUAUCGUGUUGAUUGCCGCUGAAAUUCUUGUCGCGGCUAUUAAUAUUCUGGUCGACCUCUACGCCGGCGUGGAAUAAGCGUGUGUUACUUUUGCUCGCGGUGCAUGGAACACAUUCAUUUUUCCUGGGAGUCUUCUGCCUUGUCUUUCUUCCAUAAUUAAGACAGUUUUGCUCGACUCAUUGAGUUCCCACAGGAAUUCAUGAUCUGCAUUUGUCCGUACCAGAUGGAGUUUCUGUUCUUUGCUUCUUGCUUCUAGCUCUUUGUGCUUUCCGAGGCGCUUAGGAGGUGUUGAAUGAGAUCGGGGAACGGGUAUAAAUGCUGUAAUCAUUUUGUCUUUUUUCUAGUUAGGAGAAGCGGG